AUGACCUCCCUCUCCUUCCUCCUCCCCUUCGCCCACUGGCCCGCCGCCGCCGCCGCCGCCAACCCCCUCGUGCCCCCCGCCUCCACCAUCACCACCGCCAAGUUCCUCCCCCACCACCUCCUCCUCGGCCUCUCCUGCGGCGAGCUCCUCCUCCUCUCCACCCCCCCCGACAGCACCACACCCACCCCAACCCCAACCCCAACCCCCCACGCCCGCCUCAGCGGCCACCGCUCCCCCAUCCUCGCGCUCGCCACGCUCACCGCGACCACCGAGUGCGGCCGCGAGACCCUCCUCUUAAGCCUCGACCUCUCCGGGCGCAUCCGCAAAUGGUCGCUCAGCGACGGGCGCUGCCUGCUCUCCGCCCCGUCCACCGUCUCCGCCACGCCCAAGGGCCUCAAGGUCAUCGAGCGCCACGCCGCCGACGGCGGUGCGGCGGCGGCGCAGGACGCGGUGGUCCUCGUGUACGGAUGCAGCACCGAGAUCGCGGUGCUGAACGCCGAGACGCUGCAGCGCGUUCUGCUGUGGGCUGGAAACGUCGACUGGCCGCUGCCGGCGGUGGCGCCGGCGGUGGCGGCGGCGGGCGGCCGCGAGAUACUGGCGUGGAUGCCGGAGGGCCGCGUGCAGGGGUGGGUGCUGCAGAAGCGGGUGUCGGCGGACGGGCGCGCGGCGGUGGGCGUGGAGAAGGAGCAUCAGCGGCUGUUUGGCACCGACGCGCGGGAGGAGUGGGGCGCGGUGGUGGGGUUUGAGAGGGCGGCCGAGAGGGACUAUGUCCUUGUGCAGCGGAGGGGUGUGAGGGUGUAUGCGGCGGAUGGCGCCUAUUCGUUUGUGCUCAGGAAAUCGGUCGAGAUGGAGGCUGGGGAUAUUGCGGGGUAUGAGGUGUUUGAGAAGAGGGGGCUGGUGUUUGUGUGGACGCACAAUGGCAAUGGAUGCGUUAUCCAGCGCGGGGAAGAGGGGCUGUGGGGUCUUUCUGGUACAUUUACUCGCCCGGAAUCAGUGCCGGAGGAUGAGAAGUCCGCGGUCAUGGCCUUCACGGAAAGGAAUGGGAGUUGGGUUGUGGCUGCGUUCUCGCAAUCAACUCCAGAAAAGAGACAAGGUGGUUUAGCUGUCGGGGUGUUUUCUCUUAAAGACGGUGGAAGUGAUAUCAAAUGGAGCGAUAAUACAGAAGUCCUGUUUCCGCCACCUCCACCAGAGGAUGGAGCACCGCUAUGCACAAGCUACGCCAUCUUCGCAAACAUGAUGGUCUUCGCCCACGGCUCCACGCUCCAGCUCCACACCCUCUCCACCUUCCUCCUCUCCUACGACAGCCCCACCAAACAAGUCUCCAUCCCCACCACCUCCCGCAUCUGCCUCCUCAAGCGCGUGAAAAUCGGCGAAUACGUCGCGACCGGCCGCAACGCCGGCGUCCAAGGCGGCAAGGAAUACCUCGUCGUCGGCAGCACCGCCGGCGAGCUCUUCAUCGUCGAAUCGCCCUCCUUCCAAUCCACCAAGCGCCUCCCGCUCUCCGCGACGCCCAUCGCGUCCGCAAACCUGCUGCCCACAAACCUCGGGAAGCGGCUGCGGUCGACGCUGUUUGUGUCGUCGGCGGACGGCACGGCCUCCAUCGUGGAUGUGGAGCGCGCUAGGAUCAUGGCCACGUUCCCGUCCCAUCACUAUCUCCACCUCACGUCCUUUGCCACAAAGGCCUCGCAGAACAUCAUCCUCCUCACGUAUGAGGACUCUGCGCGGCGGGAGUGGGACCUCGGGGAGGAGGAAGGGGGCGUGCUGAAGCCGCCGCCGUCGAGUCGGGGGAGCGACAGGAACGGAGGCGUGUAUUCGGCAGACCUGGCAGACGAGGGGUGGCACGAUGUAAAAGUGGGGACCUUUGAGGUCGAGGAGGUCGAAGAAGGCGAGGAGGAAAACGAGGGCCCUAUCGGCGAUGCGGCAAUGAAGGCCUGUCUGCGGUUCUGCGAAGAGGGGCUGCCGACCAUGGUGGUUGAUGUCAAGAGUGUGCUUGACACUCUGAAGGCAUCUGUGGAUGUGGCGAAGCAAAGGAGUAGGCGCCACGAGAGGGUGGUUGUCGGGAAUAAUCCAGCGCUGAUAGCCGCGAAGUCACUCCUCACAGCGCUGAUCCCGGGAGGCAUCGAGGAGCUUCUCGGAUGGGGGAAGCAGGACGACUACGAGUGGCGGACAUCGGUUUCGGGGUACUUCUUCAAGAGGAAAACCCCAGCGGUGCUGGGGCAGAUUGGUGCAGGGAAGCAUAUAUCUUUGCUGUCGCCCGAGGCAUUUACGCGCAGUGAGGAUACGGUCUGGGGGAUCGGGAACACCGUUACGAGUAUCGUGUUGCUGGCCGCGCUGUCGCUUGUGGGCGGGCUGUUGGAGGCGGCGGGGAAGGAGGAGUUCUUUGAGACGGUGAUUGAGAGGACGAUGGAGAACCUGAACCAGGGCACGGCGAGGAAGGCGCCGGCACUCGGGGUUUUUGCAAAGUAUUGGAUGGACCGCAAUCUACUCGUUAGGAAGACGGCGAGGACUCUCAUGCGGAUCUGCAUGCAGCGCUUGACACACGAACAGAGGGAUGACGCUGUUACGUAUUGGUCAAGAUUCCUACCUGUUUUGGUCCCGCCAGAGUUGUUUUCCUCGAAAGAUGUUGUGAGGAGUGUUGUGAUCUUGGGCAAACUGACAGCCGAUUACCCAGACAAGAUUGAAGCGAGCGUCAAGAAGAAUGUUGCGCUUUCGGUGGAGCUGUUACUUGGUGACAGCAAUCCCCAUUUCCAGGACACUGCGAUUGAGCUAGUUGGCGAUGGCUGGUCUGUCUUUCAAUCGCUCUUUGACCCUGCUGAAGUAAUCCACAUCCUGAUCCGCAUCUCCUCCACCGACCCCGACACCUUCCCCGAGUCCCGCCGCAAAACCCUCCACGACUGCAUCCUCUCCAUCGCGCGCUCCAACUCGCCCCUCCUCGGCUCCGGCCUCGCAAACAACAUCGCCCACGGCACCCCCUCCCCCUCCCACUCAACAGCCGCAACAAUGUCCACCGCCGUCACCAUCUGCGUCGCCGCAAUGCGCAUCGUCAUCGUCGUCAUCCGCGCAGACGCAGUCCUCUUCCGCGACAUCCUGAACCUCAUCGUCGCCGCCGUCGUCAAGAUCCUCGACCCCAGCUCCCCGCUGCGCGAAAAGGUGCUCCCGACGGUCACAGAGCUCGUCAACGAGAUGGUCGAGGCCUACCCCACCAUCACGUUCCACCGUCCCACGCAGCGCCUGGCGCUCAGUGUGUCGCCCGGCGUCAUACUCAUCUUCGAUCUCAAGUCGGCGACGGAGAUGAAUGUGCUGCAGGGCCACACCAACCUGGCGAAUUUCCUGGCGUUUAGUGUUGACGGGCGGUAUCUGGCGGCGGUGGACCUGGACGAGAAUGUGGUGCUGGUGUGGAGGUUUGUGUCGGGGCUGCUCAGCUUUAUCGGCGGGAGCGAUGGCCCGCCGGGGGUGCUGAUGCCGAGGAGGAAGGAGCCGUUGAGGAAUACGAGGAGGGUGAGUGUGGUGGAUGUGGAGUGGACGGGGGAGAAGAGUGUGAAGGUUACUGCGGGGACGGAGGUGACGGUGGUGGCGAACGUGGAGGGGAAGGGAGAGGGGGGGUGGGGCAUUUUGUAG